GGAGUCUAGUAACACUGAAUACAUGAUUUUAGCUAAUUUUUUAUGAUGAUGAUAAGAUUUCUAAGACCUGAAAUGAUUCUAAAAUCUCACAUACAUUCCUGAGCUGGGGCAAACUUCUGGGUAUAAUUCCAAGAUGUUACAAUCUUUGCAUGAGCACCAUAAAAAGUGGUAUGGUGUACGGUAUACCUUUUAAAUUUUCUGAGAUGUCCAUCAAAACUAACAUUUGAUCACUCUUCCCUCUUUGUAUUAUUAUUCCCCUUAAGAGAAUGUUGUCCAGAUCAAGCACUAUGAAGAUUCUAUAUGAUAACCCAGGUCUAGCUCUCCAGAAGCUCAUUGACACAACCCAAAGAAACACUGUGUGAAUUCUCCCACUGAAGAAACUGCUCAGCCCUCCGGAUGACAUAGCCUGAAAAUUCAGAUCUCCCAAGUUUAUGCUGCCUACAUGCCAGGAUUGUCAUGCUAAUAUAUCAUUUGUUGCUCUCUGCAUCCAGGCUCUGUGGAGUAAGAAGCCAAGUCCUAUGAGAGCCCAAGAUGAUUGUCCUGCUCUACGUGACAAGUCUUGCCAUCUGUGCAAGUGGACAACCUCGGGGCAAUCAGGCUAAGGGGGAGAGCUACUCUCCAAGGUACAUCUGCAGCAUCCCUGGCUUACCUGGGCCCCCAGGUCCUCCUGGAGCAAAUGGCUCCCCUGGACCCCAUGGUCGCAUUGGCCUUCCUGGAAGGGAUGGUAGAGAUGGCAGAAAAGGAGAGAAGGGGGAAAAGGGCACUGCAGGUCUAAAAGGUAAGACUGGACCCCUGGGCCUUGCUGGUGAGAAAGGAGACCAAGGAGAGACUGGGAAGAAAGGACCCAUAGGACCAGAGGGUGAGAAAGGAGAAGUUGGUCCAGCUGGGCCUCCUGGGCCAAAGGGAGACCGAGGAGAUCAAGGGGACCCAGGACUGCCUGGAGUGUGCAGAUGUGGAAGCAUCGUGCUCAAAUCUGCCUUUUCAGUUGGCAUCACAACCAGCUACCCAGAAGAAAGACUACCCAUCAUAUUUAACAAAGUCCUCUUCAAUGAGGGGGAGCACUACAACCCUGCAACAGGGAAGUUCAUUUGUGCUUUCCCAGGGAUCUAUUAUUUUUCUUAUGAUAUCACGUUGGCCAAUAAGCACCUAGCCAUCGGGCUGGUGCACAAUGGGCAGUACCGGAUAAGGACCUUUGAUGCCAACACAGGGAACCACGAUGUGGCUUCAGGGUCCACAGUCAUCUACCUGCAGCCAGAAGAUGAGGUCUGGCUGGAGAUUUUCUUCAAUGACCAGAAUGGCCUCUUCUCAGAUCCAGGCUGGGCAGACAGCUUGUUCUCCGGGUUUCUCCUCUAUGUUGAUACAGAUUACCUGGAUUCUAUAUCAGAAGACGAUGAGUUGUGAUCCGGACUGCAGGCCUGAAUGUUGCAACAUGAGUUCCACAGUGGCUUACACUCUGAUCUAAUCUGGAGUGCUGGAAGGUGGAGCAAGUGAUACUGGGAUUCAGAACACAUUUUUUUUACAGAUGGCUCUGGCAGAGUUAACAAAAUAAGACAAACCACCAACCAGUUGAAAUCACACCAAAAUGAACGGCAUGCAAUAACCCCAGACAUGGACCCCCUGAAGUAAAGAUCCUAAAUAUUUAAGCAAAUUAAGAUGAUGUUAACAAAUUUGAAUGCCCUUGGCAAUACAACCAGCGGGUAGUGACACUGCCUCAUUAAAUAUUCAUAAAACUCCA